AUGACAGGGCACUCAGAGGAAGACACAUCUCAGUCUAUGAAGGGGUGCAGAGGAGAAAAACGAGUAUCAUUUCCCCCGGAUGAGGAGAUGGUGUUUGACUUUGUGGAAAUCAAGACCGCACUUCAAGAGGCUGAUUGUCUCACUCUGACCGAUAUAAUUCUGGCCUACAAGCAGAACUGUGAAAAACACCAUGUGAAUCCAAGCCCAAAGGCUCUCGAUCAAUUAAAGGUACAGUGGAGUGAACGGUUAGAUUAUUGCUCCUGUGAGUCUCUUGAAGAGAUCCUGAAAUCAGUGCAAUUUGAUUUUAUCAGUCUGCAGGGGGCUGAGCUCGAGGAAAAUGGAGCAUCAUCUUUGCUGGAUAUGUUUUUGUACUAUGAAUCUGCUACACACCUUGAUGUGUCCUCAAACUCAGGCAUGGGUUUCUCAGGUUGGCUGUCACUUUCACACCUUCUCAGACAGAGUGGAUGCCUGUGGAGACUGGAUGCUUGCAACAUGCCCAUGGUGGACUACGCUGCGCAGGCCUUGUCAAAAGCCCUUCUCACCAGCAGGCUGACAGUGCUACACCUUGAAAACACCUGCCUGAGUGGCAAACCUCUCUUCACACUUGUUGGUGCUCUGAAAAGGAAUGCUGCUUUACAGGAGCUUUACAUCUCUGAUAACAACCUUAAUGGCUACCAGGACUCCAUGCAACUCGGUGACCUCCUCAAAUACAACAGCACUCUUAGGACCUUGGACCUAAGCAACAAUACCAUAUCUGAUACAGGCCUGGAGGAGAUUUGUGAUGCACUGAGCAUCCAAAAGGCUGGUUUAAGAAUGCUGAUACUGAGUAAUAAUCACAUCACUCAUCAUGGCUUGAUCCAUCUACAUAAUGUUCUGCCAUGCUUAAAAACACUUGAAACGUUAAAUCUCGGCAACAACAACCUUGAGAACAGAGGCAUUCACACGUUAAAGGAGUCCCUAAUGAUCAAUCACUCUUUAUUGCAACUUGGCCUAGCAUCCACAGGAAUUACAUGUGAGGGUGCUGUGACUUUGGCAGAGAUCCUUGCUGAAAAUCUACAGAUACAAUGUCUGGACGUACGGCACAACCAGGUGCUAGCUGGAGGGCUCAUGGCUUUAUCACUGGCCCUGAAGAUCAACCAUUCACUUAUCAGACUGGACCUUGACCAGAACCUCAAAGAGAAGGAGGAGUUCCUGAUUGAAACACAGAAGAUGCUACUGAGCAGGAUUUCAGAUCUGUGCAUAGUGAAUGCAGUUGCCGCCAAGGGUACAGCUCUGCAGCCUGCUCCUCCAAGCCCACCCAACUGCAGCGAGACCACCUCACAACCCCACCCAAACAGCUGA